CCCCGCCCCCGCCCCGCCCCCUUCCCUCGGCCAUGGCCGCCGGGGCUCGGGCCCCGCCGGGGCUGAUGGCGCCGUCACCGUGGCGAUUGCUGUCGCUGGCCCUGGCUGCUCUGUCGCUGGCCCUGGCUGCGCUGUCGCUGCUGUCGCUGCCGGUGUCGGCGGGGUCGCCGCUCGGCCCCGGGGAGCAGCUGGUGGCGGCGGCGCCGCGCUGGGGCUGGCGGAACUUGUCGUGCCCGGCCUGCCGGCUGCUCUUCGGGGCGCUGGACCUGGCGCUGCAGCUGGAGCCGAAUGUGGCACGCGUGGGGCGCGUGGCGUCGCGGCUGUGCCAGGAGCUGCGGUUGGCGCGGCCACCCGUGUGCCGCCAGGCCGUGCAGCUGUUCCAGGGCGAUGUGGUGGCGGCCUGGGCGCGCUCCGUGCUGCGCCCGCCCGAGGCCUGCGGGCUCCUGCUGGGCCCCCGCUGUGGCCACUGGGACAUCCUGGGCGCCUGGAACCUGUCCCUGCCCGCCACCCCCAAGCCACCGGUGCGGCCCCCCGCGCCGCCACCGCCUGGAGCGCCCACCGCCCGCAUCCUCUUCCUCACCGACCUGCACUGGGACCGGCAGUACGUGCCGGGCAGUGCCGCUGCCUGCCCCGACCCGCUGUGCUGCCGCGGGGCCCCCCGCGACGGGCCGGGAACGGCGGGGUUCUGGGGCACCUACAGCAAGUGUGACCUUCCCCUGCACACCAUCGACGCGCUGCUGGCCCAGCUCCCCAACACCACCGGUCACGACAGCGGUAACGGCACCAGCGGCUUCGCGGCAGCGUACUGGACUGGGGACAUCCCUGCGCACAACGUGUGGCAGCAGAGCCGCGGGGACCAGCUGCGGGCACUGCGCACCGUGACGGCCCUGCUGCGCGCCCGCCUGGGGGGGCUGCGCGUCUUCCCAGCCGUGGGCAACCACGAGGCCACCCCGGUGAACGCCUUCCCCCCGCCCUACGUGCGCGGGAACCAGUCGGCCGCGUGGCUCUACGACGCCAUGGCCGAGGCCUGGCAGCACUGGCUGCCCCCCGCCGCCCUGCACACCCUGCGGGCCGGCGGGUUCUACACGGCACAGAUCUGGCCUGGGCUGCGCCUUGUCUCCCUCAACAUGAACUUCUGCUCCCAGGCCAACUUCUGGCUCCUCAUCAACGCCACUGACCCUGCAGGGCAGCUCCAGUGGCUCAUGGGGGUCCUUGCAGAUGCCGAGCGUGAUGGGGAGAAGGUGCACAUCAUCGGGCACAUCCCCCCGGCCCACUGUCUGCGCAGCUGGAGCUGGAACUACUACCGCAUCGUCAACAGGUUCGAGGGCACCAUCGCUGCCCAGUUCUUCGGGCACACGCACCUGGACGAGUUUGAGUUGUUCUACGAUGAGGAGACGCUGUCACGUCCCCUCUCCGUUGCCUUCGUUGCACCAAGUGUCACCACCUACAUCAACCUCAAUCCCGGGUACCGUGUGUAUGAGGUGGCCGGUUCCUACCCUGGGAGCUCCCACGCAGUCCUGGACCACGAGACCUUCAUCCUAAACCUGACGGAGGCCAACGCGGCCCCCCCAGGGACUCCCCCGCCCUGGCAGCGGCUCUACAGCGCACGUGAGGCCUACGGGCUGCCCACGGCCUUCCCGGCUGACUGGGACCUGCUGGUGCGGCGGAUGCAGGACGACGAGCAGCUCUUCCAGCGGUUCUGGUUCCACCUGCACAAGGGGCACCCGCCCCACGAGCCCUGCGGGAGCCCCUGCAAGGCCGCCCUGCUCUGCGCCCUGCGCACCGGCCGCGCCGCCGACCCCGCACUGUGCCGGCCCCUGCGCCCUGCGCUGCCCUUCCCACGCAUCCAGGAGCUCUGGCACCAGCAGCGGCUGUGCUGACCCAGGGGCCGGCAGGAGCAGAGGCUGGGACGUGGCCACACCAGGAGCAGAGUCAGCGCGUGGUCUCCCUGGAAGCAGGGCUGGGACACGGUUACACAGCGAGCAGGAUUGCAGUCAGCACACGGUCACACCAGGAGCGGGGCUGGGAGCGGGAUCCGCACAAGGUCACUGGGAGCGAGGUCAGGAUUGGCGCGUGGUCCCCACGUCCCGCCAGUUACACAAUAAAGGCACAAUGGACCCCACCACCCCUCCUUAUCCUCACCCACCAGGACUGGAACUGGGAUCAGGAUCAGCACGUAGUCCUCAUGCUCCCAUCACCCCCCGGUACAGGUGUGAUAGACCCCACUGUCCUUCAUCCUCCUCACCGCAAUUCUCAGUCCGCAGCUUAGGGAGACCCAAAUCAGGGAUGAUGGGACCCCACCACCCCACCUCCUUCUCCUAAUUCUCACCCACUGGGAUCACAAUUGGGAUCAGGCCAUAGUCCCUGUACUCCCGUCACCCCCCCUAAUAAAGGUGUGGAUGGACCCCA